AUGGGUAAGCUUUAUUCUUCUUUAAUUUUCCGUUCAAUUGUUAAUGGUGGAAGUAAUCUUUCUAAUUUCCACUCUUCUUCUUCUAACUCUGUUGCUACCCAUAUCAAUGCUUUAAGUAAGAAUUCCAUGCCUGCAAGGGGAAAGCCAAAAAAGUAUGAUAGUUUGGAUAAUGUUGAUGAUGCUUUGUUUUUGUUUAAUAAGAUGAUUCACAAGUACCCAAUGCCUUCUGUCGUGGAAUUUACCAAAUUAUUAGGAGCCAUUGUUUCGAAUGGAACGUUAUGCCGUUGCUGUUUCUAUGUUACAAUGAUUGAUGCACAUUGCAAGGAGGGUAUGAUUUCGGAAGCUGUAGAAAUUGUUGACACAAUGAGAAAGCAUGGCAUGGAGCCUAAUACGGGGAUUGCUUGCAAAACCAAAUGGGUAAAGCUAAAAGAGUAUUCAGUUGAAAAAGGUUGUGCACUUGAUAUACGUAGUCACAACAUCAUUAUCAACGGAUAUUGCAAAGCUAAGAGGAUGGAUAAAGCAAUGGAACUCUUUGAUGAAAUAACUCAAGACGGGCCAAUUCCUGAUACAGUGACAUACAACACUCUUAUGCAAAGUAUGUGUCAAUUAGGGAGAGUUUCUACUGCAUUUGAACUUCUGGUCAAGAUGUGUGCUUCAGGAUAG